UAUAAUAAUAAUGAGUUGGAUGAAAAGGAAGCAUGGUAUUUUAAAGUAUUGAAAUCCAAAAGUGUCAGUUGCAACUUGCAACGAGUUUCAGUUUUUGGUUAGUUAGCAACAAAGUUUCAGUUUGACAAAACUAACAUUGAACAAGAGUAACCAAAAUCAGCAAAUAAUGAAAAAUCAUAUUCCAAAAAUGACAUUGGAUUGGUUGUCCCUAGAAAACAAAUACUAACCAGCUAUUUAUGCGUGAAAAUUUGUGUGGAUUUAAAUUGUGAAAAAUAGAAUCUCAUUUCUGCAUUGAUCUUAGACACCAAUUUAUUUCUUCCUCUUAUAUUUUCCUAAUCACAUUCCCUCGAGGGUUUUACUCAUCAAAAACUCUGGGGAAUGCCAGUUUCCUUCGUCGAAUAAAUCAAGAUAUGAGUAUACAUUUUGGGGGAAUGAACAAAAUGAUCACAAGCUUGUUUCUUUAUUCCUUGUUGGUGCAUGCAACGGUUGCCCAACAAGUUCCACUUCCAAAACCACCUUUGAGAAAGUGGACAACCUUAAGCGGGAAUGAACCUCUUGUAGUAUCCCGCGGAGGGUUCUCGGGUCUGUUCCCAGAAGGCACACCAAAUGCAUUGGCAUUUGCUAAGGACACCACCAUCUUGUGCAAUCUUCAACUGACGAAAGAUGGUGGUGCCUUUUGUGUCACCGGCACCACGCUUGACAAAUCAACAAAUAUAAAUGUUUUCGAUCCGAAUAAGACAAGAACCUACAAUAUCAAUGGCAAGAAUGUGGAAGGAUACUUUGCUGUCGAUUACACUGCAAAAGAUAUUGACCAGAAUGUGUUUAUGGUUCAGUCCAUUUAUACUAGACCUGAUUUUUAUGACCAAUCCCUCCCAGUUCUUAAUGUUGAUGCUGUCCUAGGCGACCAGUCCCCACCCAAGUUUUGGUUGAAUGCUCAGUAUGAAGCAUUUUACACUCAGAAAGGUGUGAAGUUUGUGGAUAGGGUUGUUGAAUUGGUGACCCAGUAUCAGAUAAACUAUGUUUCUUCUCCAGAGAUUGGUUUCUUAAAGAGCAUCAACGGGAAAGUGAGCAAGACAACUAAGAUCAUAUUUCAGCUUCUGGGUGCAAAUGAGGUUGAACCCACAACAAAGCAGCCAUAUGGUACCAUUGUGAAGGAUCUUUUGGCAAUUAAGUCAUAUGCCUCAGCCAUAAUGGUUCCAAAGGAGUACAUAUGGCCGGUUAAGCCAGACAAUUAUCUUGGGCUUCCCACAACACUUGUAUCUGAUGCACAUAAAUUAGGACUAGAAGUAUAUGCUUCUGGUUUUGCUAAUGACUUCACCUUAAGUUAUAAUUACAGUUACGAUCCUACUGCUGAGUACAUGCAAUUCACAGACAAGGGGGAUUCUGUUGAUGGUGUUGUCACUGAUUUCCCAACAACAGCAUCGAAUGCCAUCGCAUGCUUUGCAAAUAACCAAAGCUUGCCCAAAAAAGGACCAACUCUGAUCAUAAGCAACAACGGAGCAAGCAGUGUUUAUCCAGGCAGCACUGAUCUAGCAUAUCAACAAGCAAUAGAUGACGGUUCUGACAUUAUAGAUUGCUCGGUUCAAAUGUCAAAAGAUGGAACAGCCUUCUGCUCCGGUGCUGCAGACCUGAUACAAGAAACAACUGCAGUGACAAAGUUUAUGCCUCGAACUUCCACCGUCCCAGAAGUUCAAGCAAAAAGUGGAAUUUUCUCCUUUGACCUUACAUGGAGCGAGAUUCAGACCUUGAAACCUCAAAUCUAUAAUGCUGAAGGCCCAGAUUUCCCAAGAAACCCAGCAGCGAAGAACAGUGGUAAAUUUGUCACCCUGGCUGAAUUUUUGGAAUUGGCCAAGACAAAGGCAGUUCCUGGCAUUUUGAUAAACAUACAGAACGCCGCCUACCUUGCAUCAAAUAGAAGCCUCGACAUUGUGGGAACGGUCAGCAGUGCUUUGAGUAACGCUAGCUUUGAUAAGGAAUCCACAAAGCAAGUGUUGAUCCAAUCAGAUGACAGCCAAGUGUUAACCAAGUUUAAGGAUAUCCCAUCCUACAAAAGAGUGUUGUUAGUUGAUGACAGAAUAGGUGACAUUCCAAGGCCAACAGCCGAUGAAAUUAAGAAGUACGCUGAUGCGAAAGAUGCAAACCUCACAGUAUUCGUUCAUAAUCUCAAAAACGAAUUCAUAACCUUGGCAUUUGACUUCUGGUCUGAUCCUAAUAUAGCCAUGGCUACUUUUAUCCAAAAUGCUAAGGUCGAUGGCAUUGUGACCGAUUUUCCUGCCACUGCAAGUAGAUAUAUGAGAAGCCCAUGUAGCGAUCCAAACCAUGUGCCUACCAUCUUACCAGCUCAACCUGGUGACCUGAUGAGCACUGUUGAUCCUCAGACUCUACCACCAGCAGAAUCACCACUUCCACCUCUUGAGGUUGACAACGUUGUCGAUCCACCGCUUCCUGCGGUCUCUAAUUCUAAAGAUGAACCAAGUGCUCAUCCUCCACCCACCAAACCUGCAUCCUCUUCAAGUUUCCGGGCAAAUAAGGUCAACAUUGGUCUCUCCCUGGUGGUAUACCUGGUGUUUGCUCUUCUCUUCACUGGCCAUUAAUGCAAAAUUCUAACUGAGAUGAACAUUUUGGUCUUCAUUUUUAUUCCAACAUCAUGUGUGCCAUCUCAAACUGUACUAUAUAUAGAAUGCCUAUGAUAUUAGUUCGGUUAAUCAGCUUAUACAUACUCGCCAUUUCCUUAACUUCGUUAACCAAUAUAUAUCCGCAUAUAGAUGUUUCAAAAGGUAAUCUCCCAAUUAUAUUUGGCAAAUUUUAAACAGAAUCACGCAUAUAUUAUAUAUACAUAUACCAUCAAUCGUAAAUCAAGGAAUCGAGCUGUCAUACUAAUAUUAAACUGACUAACUUACAUUGAACCACAAGAUCAAAUAUCUUUGAAUUGAAAGAAUAAUUAUCACUCUAAGUCUUAGGACUUAUGCAAAACCAAAAGUUACAUAUUCAUGUCUACACUAUACAGCAACAAUAUACUUCGCGUAGCAAGCAGCAACCACUUGGGGAAGAUUCAAUGCAAGCAAUCUUCUGGUACAUUGUAAUCUUUCAAUUGGCCAAUCCUCUUCCAGAUCCCUUAAUACAUUGCAGGCAUGGUCUUGAGUUGCUGCCUUCAAGAACUAUAAGUCAUUGAACAUUUCCAGUAGCUGCCAACUUCUCUGCAAUGACAUAACAUUUUAGUGAGAACCAACAAACCUACCUAAAAUGAACGUUAUGAUGAAAAAGAAGCCAUUCCAAAAUUAAACUAGUUUCAGACAAUUAGCUCAACCAAGCUCAUGAAGCUAAACUAUAAGUCUAUAACUACUUUAAUAAAAUCUGAGGAUUAGUAAAUUAUAGUUUCAGUUUGAGGGUUGCGUUCGGUGAUAAACAUAAUAGGAUUGAAUCUAUUAAGACAAUGUUAGAUAGAUGAUGUAUGGAAUGAAAAAGGGGAAGUUCAUGAAGUCAACCGAAAACGCCCUUCCCAUUUCUCAUUCCAUACACCUCUACCAAACAUAGUACUCACAACAUGCCGCCAAAAUACAGAGAGAAUAGGGUUAGGGUUAGGGUUCCAGUGGAGGCUCAGAUUUGGUAUCAGAAAGGGACCGGCCAUCGAAAAGCAAGGCCGCCGUGGAUGGCUGCAAUAGAAUUGCCCCGCCACCGGCGAGCAUUGCUUGACGGCGACCGGUCCUUCGAUUCCACACUCUGCAACCAUCGUCACAGCCUCAUUGGGAUCAGAGAGAAAGAGAGAGAACGAAAGAUAAGAAAAGAUCCAAAGAAAGCAAAAGGCUUAUGCUAAAUCGAAACUGCGUCUGUGCGAGAGAGAAAGAGAGA